CUUGGAAUCCUGUGCCCUGAAGGACGGCACAGGAGGAAAGCAAACACUUCUUAAAAAUGGGGAAUUACAAAUCCAGACCAGCACAGACUUGCUCUGAUGAGUGGAAGAAGAAAGUUAGUGAAUCUUAUGCUAUUAUAAUAGAGAGAUUGGAAGACGACCUGCAGAUCAAAGAAAGUGAAUUUACAGAACUAAGGCACAUCUUUGGCUCUGAUGAAGCCUUCAGAGGGGUCAGUUUAAACUACCGCACGGAGAGUGGGCUGUCUCUGCUGCACCUGUGCUGCGUUUGUGGGGGCAACAAGUCACACGUCCGUGCCCUUAUGUUAAAAGGGCUCCGUCCAUCCAGACUGACAAGAAACGGCUUCCCGGCGCUGCACUUGGCAGCUUACAAGGAUAGCCCAGAACUGAUCACAUCCCUGCUGCACAGCGGAGCAGAUGUUCAGCAAGUGGGGUAUGGUGGCCUCACAGCCCUCCACAUCGCUGCGGUUGCUGGUCACCCAGAGGCUGCAGAAGUGUUGCUCAAGCACGGAGCCAAUGCUAACGUCCAAGAUGCUGUCUUCUUCACCCCACUCCACAUCUCAGCCUACUACGGGCAUGAGCAGGUAACCAGGAUCCUUUUGAAGUUUGGCGCUGAUGUCAACGUAAGCGGCGAAGUUGGAGACAGGCCUCUGCACCUCGCCUCCGCGAAAGGGUUCUUCAGCAUCGUGAAACUCCUGAUAGAAAAGGGGAGCAAAGCUGAUGUGAACGCCCAGGACAAUGAGGACCACUCCCCUCUGCACUUCUGUUCUCGCUUUGGGCACCACAGCAUCGUGGAGUAUCUGCUCCGGAGCGACUCGGAGGUUCAGCCCCACGUUGUGAACAUCUACGGGGACACCCCUUUGCACCUGGCGUGCUACAGUGGAAACUUCGAGGUCGCAAAGGAAAUCAUCCAGGUCACAGGGACUGAAAGUCUGACCAAGGAAAACAUCUUCAGCGAGACACCUUUCCACAGUGCUUGUACCUACGGCAAGAACAUUGACCUUGUCAGAUUUCUUCUUGAUCAGAAUGCUGUGAACAUUAAUCACCGAGGAAGAGAUGGACACACAGGAUUACACUCUGCCUGCUACCAUGGCCACAUUCGCCUGGUUCAGUUCCUACUGGAUAAUGGUGCAGACAUGAAUCUAGUUGCUUGUGAUCCCAGCAGGUCUAGCGGUGAAAAAGAUGAGCAGACGUGUUUGAUGUGGGCCUAUGAAAAAGGACAUGAUGCCAUUGUCACACUUCUGAAGCACUAUAAGAGACCCCAGGAGGAGCUGCCGUGCAACGAAUAUUCCCAACCUGGAGGAGAUGGAUCCUAUGUGUCUGUCCCGUCCCCCUUGGGGAAGAUUAAAAGCAUGACAAAAGAGAAAGCCGAUGUUCUCCUCCUGAGGGCUGGCUUGCCCUCCCGUUUCCAUCUUCAGCUCUCGGAAAUUGAGUUCCACGAGAUCAUCGGCUCAGGUUCUUUUGGGAAAGUCUACAAAGGGCGAUGCAGGAAUAAAAUAGUGGCCAUCAAACGAUACCGAGCCAACACCUACUGCUCCAAGUCAGACGUGGACAUGUUUUGCCGAGAGGUGUCCAUCCUCUGCCAGCUCAACCACCCUUGCGUGGUUCAGUUUGUGGGAGCCUGCCUGGAUGACCCCAGCCAGUUUGCCAUAGUCACGCAGUACAUAUCCGGAGGCUCCCUGUUCUCUCUCCUCCACGAACAAAAGAGAAUUCUUGACUUGCAGUCCAAACUAAUUAUUGCUGUAGACGUUGCCAAGGGUAUGGAGUACCUGCACAGCUUGACCCAGCCAAUCAUACACCGAGACCUGAACAGUCACAACAUUCUUCUCUACGAGGACGGCCAUGCUGUGGUGGCAGAUUUCGGAGAGUCGAGAUUUCUGCAGUCCCUGGAUGAAGACAACAUGACGAAACAGCCAGGGAACCUGCGCUGGAUGGCCCCCGAGGUGUUCACACAGUGUACGCGCUACACCAUCAAGGCAGAUGUCUUCAGCUACGCCCUGUGUCUGUGGGAGCUCCUCACGGGAGAAAUCCCCUUCGCGCAUCUCAAGCCAGCGGCUGCGGCAGCAGACAUGGCGUACCACCACAUCAGACCUCCCAUCGGCUACUCCAUCCCCAAGCCCAUCUCGUCUCUGCUGAUGCGGGGCUGGAAUGCAUGUCCCGAAGGAAGACCCGAGUUUUCUGAAGUCGUGAGGAGACUGGAGGAGUGUCUGUGCAAUGUGGAGCUCAUGUCUCCUGCCUCAAGUAACAGCAGCGGGUCUCUGUCACCCUCCUCGUCCUCUGACUGCCUGGUGAGCCGGGGAGGGCCCGGCCGGAGCCACGUGGCUGCUUUAAGGAGCCGAUUUGAGUUGGAAUAUGCCCUAAAUGCAAGGUCCUACGCUGCCUGGUCCCAGAGUGUCGGGACACACUCCAAUCCAGGCCUGUCUUUGGAGGAAAUGGGCAGAAGUACCCAGUACUCAGCCACUGACAAAUACGGCUACGUGUCUGACCCCAUGAGCCCAAUGCACUUUCACUCCCGCCAGAACAGUGGCAGCUUUGAGGACAGCAGCUGACAGGCCCGGCAUACACCUAAGGAGAGCCCUCUCACAGACUGACAGCAGGGAUUCCGUCCACGGCAGCCUCACUUCCAACUACAAUGCUCUGCCCUCUGAGGCAUCUUCGGAUUCCCUUGUUUCUUCUGCCUCCACUCAACUCCUUUCUAGAGGGUGGGCUUUGAAUUGCACAGAGCACGGAUUACCAAAGAUCAAUGCUGAAAUGUACAUGGUGAAUUGUCCUUAGCUUGAUAUAUAAAGUGCCUCAGUUACCUGGAGGAUGAGGUUUAAGUCAACGUAGACGUCUGGGUUGGUUUUGACCCUUAUGCAGGCUCGUGUCUGAGCAUCUCUGGUUGGGUUUCUAGCAAUGUUGCUUAUUUCCUUAUCUCUUGAUACUUCUGGUGUUCAUUCUGUGAUUAAAGGCUCUUUGGUGUCCCAGAA